AUGGCGCAAGAUGAGGACAACCACGAACCGCUUGACCUCAGGCAUAGCAUUGAUUCUAUCGGAAAUGAGCAAAGUCCUUUAAUUAGAAGCGAUUCAGAUGACUACGAUAACGCCCAUAGUUCUCGUUGGAAAUCGUCGGCGCUUCGUCCGCUCGGCAUGAUGAUUACCUGCUUCCUACUUAAUAUCCUCAUGGAGUUUGGCCUUUAUCUUAUCACAAUCCCACUUAGCCAGGUACUGGAGGAGAUCAUUUGUCGCGGCACUAUUCUGCCUGACAUUCCUACUGCCAAUGAUCCACGAUGCAAGGACAAGACCGUCCAGUCGGAACUAUCGCUUAUUCGUGGGUGGCAAGCCACGUUCGAUAUUAUACCAGGAUUACUCACUGCUCUACCGUAUGGCCUUAUGGCAGAUAAGUAUGGGCGAGAGUUUGUUCUUGGAUUGUCAGUGUUGGGCGGCGCGCUGACCAGUACCUUUAAUGUCCUUGUUUGCUUACUACCAAAUUUCUUCUCUCCCCGUAUGAUAUGGUUUUCGUCUGCUUUUGGCUUUAUUGGGGGUGGUGCGCCUGUCUUUAAUGCCAUAACCUUUGCGAUUUUAAGCAGUGUUGUAAGCGAAAAACAAAGGUCGAUUAUAUUCUUUUAUAUUACUGCUACACUUAUUGGAAGCCAAUUACUUGCUAGUCCUUUGGUGUACCUCCUCAUAAACAUCAACACUUGGCUCCCCAUGUUCUGUGGUCUGGGAUGUCUUUGGCUAGCAACCGUCCUGGCUAUCGUUCUCCCCAGGACUUUUGCUGAGAAGCAACGCCAGCAGCAUUCCGAUACAACAUUACCCAAUAAAAUCGAGUCACCAAUGACGGCUCGCGAGCAGCUCAUGGCCAUAGGCACCGCAACCAUGUGGUUUGCGCGAGGCAAUAUUUUGGUUACGAUACUGCUUCUUACAUUCCUGGUCACGACUUUGGGUCGUUUGGCACAAGACAUUCUACUUCAGUAUAUUACAAAGCGAUACGGGUGGUCAUGGGCCCAGGCAACCAUUCCUUAUAUUAUAUUGAUAUUGUGA